AUGAGCUCACGCGUUCCGCUUCCGUUGCGGGUGGUAAAUGGCUCGUGGCGGGUGUCCGACCCCCGCCCGGCCGCCACGCCGAUCUGGGCGGUUUUCAAACCCCCAGGGCUCCCGCUUUUCCCCCGCGCGCAGGUGUUGGCGGCGAAAGGGGAUGGACGUCGGCUCCUCACCCUCCCGCACGCGAUCGCCCACCCGCCGGAAGGGGGUUCCGACGAUCUUCUCGCUCGCGCGGCGGCGAUGACGCCGCCAGGGGGGGGCGUCUUCCUCGCGUUGCCGCUCCCCUCCCCGCUCCGCCUCCGCGGUGGCGUCGCCGCGGCGGCGGUGGAGGGAUGGGGGGCCCGCGCGAAGGGCCUCACGCUGCUCGCGCGCGAAAAAGGCGGUGCCGCGUGGCUGCGAAAUGCCGCGCGAAUGGGGCUCCUCGAGGGCACCCAUCGCGUGCUCUGCCGCCUGCCUCGCGGGAUCGCCGAGCGGGCGAGGCGAGGGGCCCGCGCGAAGGCCCACGCGUCGGAUCCCCACCCGAAUCCGUUUAUUCGGGAGCAUCUUCUCGCCUCCUCGUCGUCCUCCUCCGCUUCCGCGUUUUCGCCUUCGGCUGCGGCGGCGUCGAUGUCCUUCUCCGGGUUGGAGAUGGGGGUUGGGAGGCGAGGAGGGAGGGAUUCACCCGACGCGGUGGGGAUUUCGAUCGUCGGGGCCGAUGGCGCCCUCCCCACGGGUCUCCCGCACGACCCCCUCAUCAAAGGUGGGUUUAUCCACUUCGGGUUGGGGGUGCUGCGGUAUACAGGCACCCUCUCCGCCACCCUCUGUAAUCGAAGCGACCUACGCGGGAAAACGGAGCGGAUCCUUCGACAAAAGCGACGUUUGAAUGGACUUUUUUUGCCCGUCGAGUUGGGGGAUCCUCGGCGAGACCGGGGGGAGGACGCGUCGGGAUAUCCAGCUUCCCCGCACGGGCAUGCCUGGAUUCCGGCGGAGCACCUGUUGAGCGUCUCCUUCGGUGGUUCUGGGGAUUCGCUAAGCGAUAAACCCACCCGUCGUCGGCGGAAUGCCACGGCGGACGACGAGGCCCCUUUUCUCACCCGAGAGGUGCGGAUGGAGUACAAACUGCUCGCGCUUUCACCCCACCCGAACAGCGACUGGGCGCUCUACGAGGUCCGUGGCCACGAUUUAACCAGCGAGGAGAUCCAGACGCUGUUCGCCGCGGAGGGGUUUUUCGUGUUGAAUGAUUUUGAGAAUGAUCCUGCGCUCGCAGCCUUGAUGGAGCGUGUGGCGGGCGAAAUACGACGCACCCUACCCGCCGCCCUCGCGGACGUCCCGAUGAAUAUUCAGCACCUCGUGCGAAACGGAAAUGCGGAGGAAUUGGUGGCACUCCCACUCAUCAAAAGGCCCCUGGAAUGCGCGGAUCAUCAGGCCCUUCGUGAGCUCCUGGAAAGACGACGAGAACUCCUGCAGAGCGGUGUUGUUUUUGAAGACGAUCCACCCCGAAGGGCGGAUCCGCACGCGGCCUUGAAAGGAGGAACCGAAGGCCCCGAGGACAACAUCGAUGAGGAUGCCGAGUUUUUUUCCAGAAUCGAAAAGAUGCUUCAAGCCUACAGCGCGAAAGGGGUUUCCAAACACACCCCCAACGCACCUGAUAUCAUUGGAAAGCUGCUCUUCGAUGCGCUUGGCCGUCUUUCGGGGGCGGAGCAAGAGAGAAUUGUGAAUAUUUGCCUUGGUACCGGGGUCGAGUGCAUCGGAGUAACCUACCCGGACCCGACGGAUAUUCCCACGAUCCAUUCCAUGCAGCAACUCUAUCAACGCUUUGAGCAAACCGGCAAAGGGGAGGGUUUCGAUCCCACCCAAACGCAGCAUGCGGAGGGCAUGAAGUUUAUUUCGCACUGCAGCCUAGGGGCGGUCGAUAGCACGGGUUCGGUGCAGGUGGAGGUGGGGUGGCUUCUUUCUCUGCCUUCCACGAACCUCCCAAAAGGGGGAGGGAAACUCGCGCAAGGGAUGCCGGGAGCUCUUUCCGUGGAGGUCUCCGUUUCAUUCGCCGCGGCUUUGCUUUCCCCACAUGCGUCUGCCGCGGAAGAAACGGAGGAGACAAAGGAGGAGGGAACGGGCGUCGUUAACGCUGGCGAGAAGACAUUUGCCGAAUCACAUGAACCAAGUUCUUCGGCUCUCCCUCCACCUCGAUUCCCUCUUUCAUCGGCGCCCCAGUUGGAAACGAACACGGGGUGUGAGAUGGAUACGACCGCCGUGCACCCCCUCCACCACACCCUCACCCCCAUCGCCUAUCAGGAGUGGUUUAGGGGUUGGUUUGAAGCCCAAAUCACCCUUGAAAAAGGGGGGGAGGGAUUCGGGAAAGGUGAAAUGCCCACACCCCUGCGUGUGUUCAAACGGAAGGAUGACACCCCGCUCUUUAUUCGAGCGGAGGAGUUAGGUGAUUUUGUUUGUGUGGUUUGCGGCCGCACGGGGCAUCCAUGGCAGUGCUGCCCACAACGGCAUGAACACCCAAUUCUCGCCCUCCCCCCACUUCCUUCGCUUCCCACGGAGGCGGAGAAGAAAUCCCCCACGGGCGAGUCUUUGAGUAGCCUGAAAGGGUUACCGGUGAUGACUUCGGAGCCGUUGGGGUCUUUGGAGGAUCUCGACGGCGCCUUGGCCGCCACGGAGACGGCAACCUCCCAGGCUCUCCUACGCCCCUCCACGCCUUUCACCGGCGGUGAGGUGGGGAGCCUUCUCGGGCGCGAAAUGGGUUUUUUUUCGUCAUCCGAACCGAUCGCGGUUCCCAACCAGGCCCCCACCUUGCCUUUUCAUCCGAGUGCGCUUCACCAUGAGCGGCGGAAACCCCCUCCCCAUCGCCGGGUGCUGCGUUGCGCGUACUGCCAUGGGCGGCAUCCCCUCACGGAGUGCCCGAGGCUCUCCGGGGUCGCGGAGCUCUCCGGCGAGGCCUUCAACCCCGCUCGCGCGCGGGAGCAACCCGAGAAGCUUUUUUGCAUUCGUUGUGGUCGGAUGGGGCAUCUGUUCACGUCCUGCCCGGAGAUCCCGGAAGGGUUGCAUCCGGGGACGCACUGCCCGAUUUGCGAGGUCGCGACGCGGAAGAUUCGCCACACGGCGAUGCAAUGCCCCCGGCGGAUGACGUUGCCGGCGGGGUAUCUUCCCAACGGCGUUCCGCAAGAGUUUGUGAAUUCCACCCAGCGAGCGGAAAAGCUUCGCUCAUCCUCCUCCACAUCCACCAUGCCGAGGCGGGGGAGGUCCAUGCUUAUUUCGGAUAGCUUCGUGAACUCUAAAUUAAAGGGGUAG